ACAUUCGAAUUCCAAUUUCGGUUGCAAUGACAAUGAAAGCCCAUACAAGUUUAUUGCUUUUAUUAUGUGCUAUUACAACAUUACGAGCGCAAGUACCUACCACAAGAUCGAUGAGACCUUGGCAAGAUUUUGCUGUUACACCCAUUCCCAGAGCAGUCGAACCCUCAGAACCACAGAGUAACCCCAAAAUCGGACCAACUUGCGAAUGCACUCCUUAUCACCAAUGUGACCCGUCACCGGAUGGACUAACCCAAGACUAUACGUUUGACAAGUUCGGGCUACAAGUGAUUCGCCAUGAAUCGAAACCCCACUGUACUGUAACUGUAGGUGUUUUAGCACUAUGUUGUCCUCUUAAUAGAGUGCGUAGGGAAACUAUUAAUCCAAAGCCCAAGGGAAACCGAGGCUGUGGUAUUCGCAACGUGGGUGGAUUAGAUAUUGACCUUCAAGGAGCUACAGAUUAUGAAUCUGAUAUGGCCGAAUUUCCUUGGACCGUGGCCAUUAUGCAGUCUGGAAACUAUUCAUUCACAGGAUCACUGAUACAUCCCCAAGUGGUUUUGACUGCCGCCCAUCGAGUUCGAAUGUGGGAAACCUAUACGGUUCGUGCUGGAGAAUGGGACUUCAAGACAGAGAGUGAGAGGCUCCCAUAUCAAGAGAAAAAUGUCCUGAGAAUUAUUAAGCAUCCUAGAUAUAAUAACAAAAAUCUAGCGAAUGAUGUGGCACUUGUAAUUCUUGAGGAACCAUUCAAAUUGGAUGAUCAUAUCAAUGUGAUAUGUUUACCAAAGCAGGAACUUGUUCCUCCCCCAUUCACCACUUGCAUUGCCAAUGGCUGGGGCAAAGAUGCCUUUGGAGAUUCGGGAAAAUAUAUGGCCAUCAUGAAACGAGUGCCCCUGAACAUUGUGGAAUCAAACUAUUGUCAGAACAGGCUCAGAAAAACCAGACUUGGACCCAGCUUUAACUUGGACAAUUCGUUCAUUUGCGCCGGGGGACAGCAUGAUGUGGAUACUUGCCAGGGAGAUGGUGGAGCUCCACUGGCCUGUCCCCUUGGAGAACCCGCUGAAAAUCGAUUCCAACUGAGUGGCUUGGUGUCCUGGGGAAUUGGCUGUAAUGAUGAAUUGCCAGCAGCUUAUGCGAACGUUGCCCUGGCACGAGAUUGGAUCGAUGAGCAAAUGUUGAUCAAUGGCUUCGACUCCUCUUCCUACAGCGCUUGAUUGGACUUUGGUGUAUUGCAUCAGCAGAAAAAUGUAUACAAAAAAAAAUACAUAAAACCUAAAACAAAUGAAUCUACCUCACUUUUCAUAUA